AUGGCAGGAGGACCAAUCGGAGCAACAGCUAUUUGGGAGAAUAGUUUAAAAGUUGCAUUGAUAUGGGGUAUUUUUAUGUUAAUUUCAUCAUUAACGAUUAUAUUAGUUAGAAUAUUAAGAAAGAAUAAACCACCCGAACUUAAACUAUCACUUCGUUCAAAAUUGGAGAUAUAUUUAGCAUACACUCAUAUUGGUGAAAUGAUAGAAUUUAUUCAAGUAGCUUUUAGUAUAUUUUCAGUAUUACUAUUUAUAUAUGGUACAUACAUAACAUCAAAAGAACCACCAACAUUUUAUUUAGUAUUAGAAGUUGUUUUAGUUUUCUUUUUCAUUUUACAUUGGUCUUUAGAUUUUUUCAUUUCAAAGGAUAAAUUAAGAUAUUUAUUUUCAUUCUUUUCAAUAGUUGAUAUGAUUUGUGUUUUACCAAUUUUAAUUGAUAUUCAAAGUGGUGAUUUUAAAAAUCUAUUAAAUACAUUUCAAUUCCUAAGAGUUUUAAGAGUAAUUAGAAUUUUAAGAUUACAAAGAGUACUUCAUUAUUUUAAAAAUGGUUAG